AUGUUGUCGAACAAUAAGAACGCCAAGUUCCGGAUGGACACCGGGAUGGACGCUUUUCAGUCCCUCACCGGUAAAGCACGGUCUUACCGGACCGAGACGGAACACGAGAGGACGAGCGCAUCCAAUGCCGGUGGCGAGAACUGGGGGACCUCGUUUCAAAAUCAGAUGAACGACUUGCUCGUGGACGACGUCAUGCAAAUGGCGAUAAACGACAAGUUCAAAGAAGGAGAGAAACAGAUGGGUGGAAGAAAUGCAGAAGACGAGGGAGAGGGAGAAGCUGGGUAUUAAGCAAGAAUGACUUUGAAACUUAAUCCAAAUCUUGAGUGGGUGAUUUUUGAUAUUCUGAAUAGAAAUUUAGUUGUAUUCCACUCAUCUAUUGUAGUUCUUCUUCGUCUUCCAAGAGGAAGAUGCAAAUGCAAUCAUCAACGCUAUUCUUACGGUGGCUGUUUACAUCACCCCAGGAACAAAGCUGGGAAAGAAGAGCAUGAGGACGAGCACGACGGCAAGAACAUGGAGGAAGACGGUACAUGAUGAAUUAUUUUCUUCACAACAUGCUGGUACUCAUGAAAGAGGCUGACUGGUGUUGUUUCGUGAAAACAUUUACUGGAGUUGGCGUAUUAUAUCAGCAUAAGUUUAAGGUUAAGCCAUUCAUGAAGUAGAUGCCUUUCAUCUACUACCUAAGCGACAGCCUCCUGAUCUUCAUGGUCCAAUACUUGCAAACCGCAGAUCUUGAAGCGAUAAGGAAACGAAGGCUAGACAAAAUGCGUGAGCAGCACAAAAAAAAGAUGGAAUAUCAGGCGCAGGGCCACGGCGAGUACACGGAAAUCAAAGAAGACGAGUUUCUUGGAGUGGUACAAUCAAUUUAGGAUAAAGCUUUUUCCUGUGUGGCUACAUUAUUUCGUUUCAUCUUCCACUACCACUUUCAUCUGAUCCCAGUUGUGUUCUACAAUUUUCUCCUAUGUCUGACUCGAAGGAGAAGAGGUGAAUGCUUCCACUGACAUCCCGUUCCCAUCAGGUAACGAAAUCACUCCGUGCGGCGGUCCACUUUUUACCACAAAAUCAGGUAACGAAAUCACUUCGUGCGGUGGUCCACUUUUACCACAAAAAUUUUGAGAGUUGCAAGGUUAUGGACAUGCAUCUCCGAAAAAUGGCGAAGAAGUUCUACGGAACCAAGUUCGUCCAUCUAG